AUGGUAAAGGAUUUUGACAAUAAAUUUGUGUUGCCGGUUUUCGUCCAUUGUGAUGACUAUGAGACAGGAAAUGUUUUAGGUUCACAUGCAGGGGAUAAUAAGCUAGGAGCUCUGUACUGUCGUAUUGCUUGUUUACCGCCUAAAUACGCUUCGAGUAUACGCCAUAUUUUGUUGAUGCUUUUAUUUAGAUCAGAUCACAGAAAAGUUUUCGGCAAUCGUGCAAUUUUCAAUCCUGUAAUUGAAGAAUUUAAUUAUUUAAGAGAACAUGGACUUGAUAUCAAUGGGGAAAAAGUUUACAUUCAAUUGGUAUUAGUCUUGGGGGAUAAUUUGGGGUUGAAUAGCAUAUUAGGUUUUACUGAAAGUUUUAUUGCUAAAUUUUGGUGCAGGAUUUGCAAAGCAGACAAAAGUAUGAUGAAAUUGAUGCUUGUCGAAGAUCGAGAGCUUUUAAGAACAGUAGAAAAUUACGAAAAAGAUUUAGAGUCGAAUGAUAUCUCUCAGACAGGAAUCAAAGAUAUUUGCAUUUGGAACGAAGUUAAAGGUGUUCACAUAACCAAAAACGUUGGAGUAGAUGAGAUGCAUGACAUUCCUGAAGGGACUGCUAAAUAUGUGAUGACUGAUAUAUUGGAUUAUCUUAUUUUCGAUCCUAAAACCAAAUAUUUCACCUUAGAGGUUUUAAAUUAUAGGAUUCAAGUUUUCAAUUAUGGUCUGUUGGAAAGUUCCAAUAAACCACCUCUUAUUUCGAAAAAAACUGCCUCCAAUGUAAAAAUUAAAAUGUCAUCUUCGGAAAUGUCAUGCUUUGUACGCUAUUUCGGCCUAAUGAUUGGUGAUUUAGUACCAAAAACUGAUAUCGUGUGGAAACUGUAUUUAAAAUUAAGAAAAAUUUUGGUAAUCACUCAAUCGCCUAAAAUACUUAAAUCGACUCAUUAUGUAUUAAAACAACUCGUUAAGGAACACCAUACUAUGUAUUGUAAAAUAUUUAAAACUCACUUGAAGCCUAAAUUUCAUAUUCUAUUACACUACGAUUCUUUCUUACAAAACCAGGUUCCUACAUCAAGUUAUUCGUCUUUACGAUUUGAAUCGAAGCACAAAGCAUCAAAAAGUGCAGCUAAUGUUUCUUGCUCGAAAUUAAAUGUUCCAAAAACCUUAGCUAUCAAACAUCAAUUACAAUUGGCCCAUUUUAUAGAAGAUGGCAAUCACGCUCAAGAUUUCACCAUUGGGCCAAUUGUACCAAAUCAUCGGUUUUCUGUACUAUUUUAUAAGCUUUAUUUUCCUACGAAUAAAUGUGUAAACGAGAUUGAUUGCGUCAAAUGGGUCAAUAUUAAUGGUACAAAUUACACGUCAGAAACUAUAGUUGUUACAAAAAUUGACUCAGAACUUCCAACAUUUGCUAAAAUUGUUUCCGUUUUUAUUAUCAAAGAGACUGUACAAUUCUUAUUAUUAGAAUUAAAAUCUACGAGGUUAGAAGAACAUUUUGAUGCGUUUGAAGUUGAUGCAAAGCCUAAUAGCAAAAGAGAAUUUGUAAUGUCGUACAAUGACCUACCGUGCAAAUUUCCUUGUUUAUUAGUACAAAAAAAUUUGCAAUUCUACGUAGCUACCAGAUAUUUACUUUUAUAA